GAAGAAAGAGAUGCAUAAAAGACACACAAUUAUUGCUUCGUCUUUAAGGGUUUGGAAGCUUUUGUUCUUUUUCAUUGGAUCCUCAGACACUGGGAAGAAAGAAGUUGUUCUGUCGGGGUCGCCAGAAUGAUGAAACUCAGUGUUUUCCUUGUGCUGCUCCUCCUGGAUUCAAGCUCGGCUUACACGUAUAAAAAUGUGGCCUUGCGUGGAAAAGCGACUCAGUCGGCACGUUAUUUGCACACAUUUGGAGCCGCCUACAACGCCAUUGAUGGAAACCGUAACUCUGACUUCGAAGCUGGAUCGUGCACCCACACUAUUGAACAGACCAACCCCUGGUGGAGAGUGGACCUACUGGAGCCCUACAUCGUCACCUCCAUCACCAUCACCAACAGAGGAGACUGCUGUCCAGAAAGGCUCAACGGGGUGGAGAUUCACAUCGGCAACUCUAUACAAGAAAAUGGUGUUGCAAACCCAAGGGUUGGUUUAAUUUCUCAUAUCCCUGCAGGGAUCUCACAUACUAUCAGUUUCACUGAACGUGUGGAGGGACGUUACGUGACUGUGCUUCUACCUGGUACAAACAAGGUUCUUACACUCUGUGAAGUGGAGGUUCAUGGGUACCGAGCCCCAACUGGAGAGAACCUGGCCCUCCGAGGAAAAGCCACACAGUCGUCAUUGUUUGAAUCUGGUAUUGCAUAUAAUGCCAUUGAUGGGAAUCAAGCCAACAAUUGGGAAAUGGCCUCCUGCACUCACACAAAAAACACAAUGAACCCCUGGUGGCGAAUGGAUCUGAGCAAAACCCACAGAGUGUUUUCUGUUAAGGUAACCAACCGAGAUUCAUUUGAAAAACGAAUCAAUGGAGCUGAGAUCCGAAUUGGAGAUUCCCUCGACAACAACGGCAACAACAAUCCCAGGUGUGCUGUGAUCACAAGCAUCCCAGCAGGUGCUUCUACUGAAUUCCAGUGUAACGGGAUGGAUGGCCGCUAUGUUAACAUUGUUAUCCCUGGAAGAGAAGAGUACCUGACCCUGUGUGAGGUGGAGGUGUAUGGCUCUGUCCUGGAUUAGGUGUCAGUACUAAUACUGUUGAAUGUACACAAACAAAACAAAAUAGUAGAUUAAGCUUUUUUGAUUGUUUCCAUUCAAAAUAAGACAGAGAUGGUCUUAUCCAAUAAAAUUACAUCACGAAAUGCA